AUGGCCCUUCGCAACAUCAAGAACCUCGUCCCCCUCCUGGACCGCGUCCUGGUCCAGCGCCUCAAGCCCGAAGCCAAGACCGCCAGCGGCAUCUUCCUGCCCGAGAGCACUCUCAAAGACAUUAACCAGGCUACCGUGCUGGCCGUCGGACCUGGCGCUAUCGACCGCACCGGAAACAAGAUCCCUAUGAGCGUGACUAGCGGUGACAAGGUUUUGAUUCCUCAGUUUGGUGGCAGUGCUGUCAAGGUUGGCGAGGAUGAAUACACUCUUUUCAGGGACUCGGAGAUUCUUGCUAAGAUCAACGAAUAA